AUGAUCGACGCAAUGUUUUUUGAAAUGUCCGACACAAGCGGUAGAAGGGAACGACCUGAAACCGGUUCGAAGUGUGGCGAUAAUGGUGACGAUUCAGCAUCUACUGACAGUAGACAUCAUUCCUCAGCAUCUCUAAAGGUUGAUCGCUCCAAGUCCGUGGAGAUAGUGUCGAUCGGUGAUACUCGUAUAGUGACACUGGCGAGAGUGAACGAGAAUCCUGAAUUCACCGACGUCGUCAACGUUUGA